UAUAAUAGCUUUGUCAUUUCGUCUAUCUACAAUUAAAAACAAAAGAGUAUUUACUUCUCUUUGAAACCGAACGAAGCGUAAACUAACAAGUCCCUCUUUCGCUGAUUCCCCUCUCUCGCGUCCGUUGCUGUUCUUCCGGACGCUCAUCAUCAAAAUGUUCAAGAACACAUUCCAGUCUGGAUUUCUUUCCAUAUUAUACAGCCUCGGGAGCAAACCUUUGCAGAUAUGGGACAAAGAAGUUGUCGAUGGCCAUAUUAAGCGACCACAAGAUGAAGACAUACAAUCUAAUGUACUGGAAAUAAUUGGAUCGAAUAUUCAGUCCACAUACAUUACGUGCCCGGCUGACCCAGCUGCCACACUUGGUAUAAAACUUCCAUUCUUGGUUAUGAUUGUGAAGAAUCUAAAGAAGUACUUCACAUUUGAGAUUCAAGUUUUGGAUGAUAAGAAUGUCAGACGACGAUUUCGAGCUUCUAAUUUCCAAGCUGUCACUAGAGUAAAGCCCUACAUUUGCACUAUGCCACUGAGAAUGGAUGAGGGUUGGAAUCAAAUCCAGUUUAACCUGGCUGAUUUUACCAAGAAAGCAUAUGGGACUAAUUAUGUGGAGACACUAAGAGUUCAGGUCCAUGCAAACUGUCGCUUGAGAAGGAUAUACUUCUCUGAUCGUCUCUACUCUGAAGAGGAACUCCCACCAGAGUUCAAGUUGUACCUUCCAAUGCAGAAAUAAUGAAAAUGUCAUGGGAGGAUGGAAUUGAAGCCAGGAGAUGGUUGAAUGUUAUGUGUAGUUGUGCAUUGGCUUCCUUGCACUAAAAACUGUAUUCUCUAUUCUGUUUCCUCAGUCAGAUUAAGUUUUAGGGUGUUUUGAUGCUUUUCUGUAACAUUGAACUAAAUUUUACUGUUGAUUUGUGCUUUUGUUGUCUUACCAAAGAAAGAGGGUUGAUGUGUUCUGAAUGCUAGAGAAUAUGUUUCUGAUUCCCGAUUAUAGUGUUGUAACAUGAAGAAUAAAUUCAUGAAUAGAUGUCUUUCAUUUCAGGUAGGGGUGAGGGUUGGGUAAACUAUCAUUGCUCCUUUUUAACUAAACAAAAAGUGAUGAAACCAUUCACUUA